AUGUUCCAACAGCAAGAUCCAGACCUGCCCAACAUUGACUGGCCCAAAUUGCUCGGCGCCCUUCUCGCCUCGUUAAGUUCUGCUCUGACAGAAGUCAAUAACACUCAGACAUACAUUUAUCCGGCAGGAGUUUUCAUAUGUCUCUCUUAUUUCCUUAUGACGCCAUUGCAGUUCACGGGAGAACAGCACGUUACAUAUUUGAGUCAAGCCUUGGAUCUCUUGGCUAUUCAAGGUCUUGGGCAGCUUCAGGCGUCGCAUCACUUGACUAAACGCGCCGCAACAGAUUCAUUUGGGUACCGAUACCAGUCCUAUCACAUGGCUACGAGAUUGAUGGAGGAAUUGGAAUUGCUUGGGUUGUUGUCUGGUGGCUAUCGUGUUUGGAGCUUUCUGCGUGUUUCCUUGCUCGCCGUCAGAACAUUCAAACGUUCCACGCUAAUUAUGGAUCAUGCUGCACAACCUGUCUGGAUUCUUGACCUUGAACACACAAGCCAUGUCCCAGCAACAUCUAGUCCUGACAAAAUCGACUGGUCAAAAUCGUGGACGCUGUUCUCGCCUCUUUGUUAUGCCCUGACAGAAGUCAACAACUGGAGUCUUGGGCAGGUUCAUCCGUAUAUUUUUGGUUUCCGGAGAGAGGGCGUAGCAGAAGAUUCAUUGGCAUCCCAAUACCAAUCCUAUCAUUAUGGUGGCCAUGUGCCACAGGACUCUCUUUCCGCGGGAUUUCAGUCAUAUGGGGCCGCUGGAGAUUACCUGCACAGACUUGAAGCGGCAUCUGCGGCUGCUGCAGAUGAUCACGAGGACACUGAAAUCUCGACGUUUGCGG